AUGGAACAGCUUAUCAACUUCAUUAUAAGACCAUCCAGGGCUGAAUAUGAUCCAGAAAACGAUUUAUUAGAUCAAGAAUUCAUGCUUAAAGGGAAGUGGUACAAAAGAAAAGAUUUAGAGGUUGUAAAUAGUCAAGGAGAUGUUCUUCAAUGUAGCCACUACAUGCCUAUGGUCUGCUCGGAAGGAAUUGCACUGCCCUGUGUAAUAUACUGUCAUGGAAAUAGUGGUUCCCGAGCGGAUGCCAGUGAAGCUGCUAUUAUAUUGUUGCCAUCAAAUGUCACAGUUUUUACUUUUGAUUUCUCUGGUUCUGGGCUCUCUGGAGGAGAGUAUGUCACUCUCGGCUGGAAGGAAAAGGACGACCUCAGGGCAGUGCUUGAUUUUCUACGAGCAGAUGAGAACAUUUCUUUAAUUGGUUUGUGGGGACGUUCAAUGGGUGCUGUUUCUUGCCUGAUGUAUGGAGCCGAGGAUCCUUCCAUUGCAGGAAUGGUCCUGGACAGCCCCUUCUCGGAUUUGAUUGAUUUGAUGAUGGAAUUGGUGGACAGUUAUAAAUUUCGGCUACUUAAGUUUGCCGUUAAGCUAGCAAUCCACUACUUGCGAAGAGCGGUCAUGAAAAAGGCAAAUUUUGACAUUAAGAACUUGAACACUAUCAAGGUUGCAAAAUCUUGCUUUGUUCCAGUUCUCAUUGGCCAUGCCGUUGAUGACAAUUUCAUACAACCCCAUCAUUCCGAUCGCAUAUUUGAUGCUUAUAUGGGGGAAAAGAAUAUAAUCAAAUUUGAGGAAGAUGAACUAAGGAGUACACUUUUCGACUUGUCUACCAAGUAUUUUGGCGAGGAUAAAUUGAGUACUGCUCAUGAUGUUGAACACGCGAAUGAUUUAUUGGUUUUGCCUGUAGGUCGAGCAGCUGAUAGUACAGAAGAUGCCAUGAAGCAUCUUGGCUCCAGCAUAGUGGUUCUGGCGGAUCUAUUAUCCGAAGAUAAAAAACUAGAUGCACAGGAACAAGAUUCUGGAUCUGGUUCUCGUACGUUGUCUUCUAAUAUGAUCAGCUUUGAACUCUCAAGUGGCAGUGUCAACAGUUAUCAUACACCCGCAUUCAUAGAUGAUGGCAAAUCCGUGGAGCACCGUCUUGGAAACGCCACAUAUUUCGCAACCAGUGUAGGGAAGGAAGAAAGGAUGUUCAUGGAAGCUGUGUUUGAUUCGCUGAAGAGUUUGGAAUCGGACAAUCAUCCUCUGACACAGGGUAACUCGUUUGAAACACUGUCCACAACCAGUACUUCGGCAGCCAACGAUCAUAAUUUACCGAUAGAAUUUCCACCUAAAUCUACUUCAUCUUUUGGAGCGGAGAUUGUUGAAACUUCUCCUACGAACAACACUUCAACAUGUAAACAGAGUUCAUGUAGUGCCAGUAUUGUAAACUAUACAGAGUCCCCUGUCACUUCAGUAAAGAAUGUGGCUUCUUUUCGUAGUGAUGCUUUAUCUGAUAUCGACAUGGCUGAUCAUACGAGGGUCACCAUAGAAGUUGUGAAGAACCCGACAAGGCAUAUUAUGGAUGGUUUGCAGCGUCGUUGGGAUCUCAACUUCUUUAGGAGUAGACGAUCAUAG